CCUCGGUACAGAACAGUGUCCGAGGGCCAUGAAGUUCACAGAAGUGACAGAGAGCCACCAGAGCAUUCAUCUGAGAGAGAAAUUUGAGCAUGGCAUCAGACGGACCAGGAGUGACCACAGAACCACCCGAGGACCAAAGAGAUGAUGGCCACCUGACAGAGGCAGGGGUCUCAGCUGACCCUAAUAGUGGUGAAGACACUCUAAAAGCCAUAGCAGAGUCAGCAAAGUGGGAUGAGGAUGGAGUCAAAGUAUGCCAGUUUUUCCUGAUGGGAAAGUGUCAUUUUGGACUCAGAUGCCGCUUAUCUCACAGUGAUCCAUCACUAGAUGAUUCAGGGGCUUUGUCUCCUGAUCCGGAUGACACACCGGAUGGAGAAAAGAUGGAAAAACAUAAGAAGAAGAAAGGCAAAGUGAAGAAAGCAAAAAAGCCAGAAUACCAGGAGGGACAAGAAGUGAACAAAAAGCCCCGUAUGCGCACAGCAGAUGACGUUAUCUCUCGGAUACUAUGGGACACGUCAGUCGAUGCAUCAGAAUUUGUAGUGGGCUAUGUGGAUCGCUUCCUUGGUGUGCUGGAGCGACCCUUCUGUGACUUCAACUGGGACACAAACCCCUGUGACUGUGAUUACACUUCUGAACUAGCCCUGCCUAGACACAGGAUCCAGUACUUCACCUACAGAGGGCACCGCGUCUGGGACCGCCACAGCAGAACUGACAGGGUGUUUGGCUCCACCGGUCAAUCUCUGGCUCCCCCCUUUGGAGGGGAUGAGGAAGUAAAGGAAAUGAACACAGAAGUCCAAGAGCUACAACAAGACGGCAUUAAAACAACAGAAGUCACAGAAGUCAGUGGGCAGGAAGAGAGUGAAACAGAAGAGUGUACUCAAACUGGGAACACACAUCUGGAGGAAGAGGAGCAGAAUGAGAUGAAUAUUCACACCCCUGACUCAACACAACCAGCACCAACGUGUAGAGAAAACGCCUCUCAGGAACAGCAAUCACGAGGAGCAUGUGUUGUGGAGGAGGCUGCAAAUAGAGUUAAGGCUUCAACAGAACAAAUGUCCUCACUCCAAAAAGAGGGAGUGACUAUAAAAGAGGAGAGAGAGCGAGAGACUUUGGUAGGAUUGCAAGAAAGCUGGGAGGGCAAUGAAGAUACUUUGAGUUAUCUCGGGGCCCUGGACAUUAGCCAGAAUCCAUCAGCACCUCUGGAGCAGAGAGAGGCAAAAUGUGGUGGUCGCCCCCCUAAAAAACGACCCACGCACUUCAUCACCUUCAGGGCCAACACUCCUGGUAUCCUCACCUGUUUCCAGCAGCUACAGGAGGAAGUACUCUCCCUUUUGCCCUCCUCUGCCCCUCACUGGCAUACUGCCUCCAACCUUCAUGUCACCCUGUGCCUCUUGGUGCUGCACAGCCCAGCUGAGAUAGCCGCUGCUGGGGAGAUCCUCCGACGGUUUGCCCAUUUGGAUCGCAAUCCCCCGGUGGCUGUGACCUUUCCUGUGAAGUUGAAGCAUUUCAAUGGGAAGGUGCUCUAUCUUAGCCCCCAGCCUCAACUUCCCCUCCAGCAGCUCAACAGUGGCCUGCAGGAAGCCUACCGGGAGGAGGGAUUGCUCCACAGGGACUCCUACAACCCGCGCUACCACCUCACUCUGGCCAAGGUAGAGGACAAGGAGGGAGAGAGGAUUUUUGAAGGGGUGGGGGACCUUAAGGUGGGGAAGGGUUUAAAUUUUGGCCGUCUGCCGGUUAACACCUUACAUCUUUGUGCCAUGGGCGGUUGCAGAGUUGAUGGUUUUUAUGAGAUUGUGUGCACAGUAACUCUUCGAUAGAAGACCGAGCCAUUUCACAUGCACUACAAACAUUACAUUACUGAGCACAUUGCAUUUGAACGAGCCAUGUGGCCUUACCAACCAAAUUUCGUAUCCGCGUUUCAAUGUUUUAAAUUAGCGAAGAUGCACUUUGGGUAAAAGGGCGUAAAGUGAAACUUGAUCCAGAGCUGCGGGACAGUGAUAAACACCCUUUGUUCAGUUAUUAAAAAUGUAUUUUAAUCUGUUUUAAUCUACAUUAUAUGUCAUAUUGAUAUUUCAAGAUGAGAAAUGAAUGUAGCCCACACAUAAUACAGUUUUAUAAUGCAAACUUUUUUCAUGUUUUAAUGCAAAGUUUCAUCAGUCCUCUUAUUUGUUGCCUUCAGUUGCUAGAAAUUAAAGAUUAAAACACUAUGAAACAAACACUUGCUAAUUAAACAUCAGUUGAUCAAUAGAAAAUGUAUCUGGAGCUAUUUUGAUGACCGAUUGAUUGAUAGUUCUAACUUGUGCAUUGUUAGAACACGCUGAUGCUGCUUUACUUUGUCACUUUGUCUUAUGAUAAACUCUAAAUUUUUUGAUUGUUGGUUAAACUAAAGAGACAUUUUGAAGACAUCACCUUGGACCUUGGAGUGUAAACUUCGAUGUGUACUUUAGUCAAAUCAGCCUCCAGGUCCAGGAGGUAACACAUGAUUUUUAUGUGCUCUUUUGCAACCAAGGAAAAUUAUUGUAGAGAAAAGAUGAUGAUAUAGAUGAUGUAAUUGCUCACUUUUCAUCAGCUGAGUCUUUUCACUCACUACCCAUGUAGAGUAAAAUACCUACUUCCUUUAAAUGCAAAAAUUGCCUCAAGAAAAAAAAAAAAGCCUUGCCUUUUUUUCCCUCUAUCUAUUAUGUAUUGGGCCAAAUAAGGUGACUGGGGCCAACUUUGGCCUGCAGGCCCCACUCUGAGCAUCUUUGAUAUCUAGUGUUUUACUACUACGCUGACAGGACAUAUGCACCUGCCACAAAGGCGAUUACAGGAUACAUAAAUUGUUUAUGAGGGGGUAAAAAUUAUGUUUUGUUUACAGCCAUGAAUUUACCAAAGUAGUUGUUUUCUGCAGCUCGUAAUUCCAUGAUUUAUACAAUCUGUUUUAUAUGAAUAUUGUAUGGGCUGUGUUCCACAAGAAGGAUGUCUUUGUAUCAUUUAACAAUGAAUUAUAACCACUAGAUUGUCAAGGACAUUAAAUAUUGAA